GCUGGCCAGUAGGAGGGACAUAGCUGACGGCGCUGCUCGGACACUGAAAGCUGCCUACAUAAUUUAGCUAGUUAGGGGUAUUGAAAACAGGUACCCCAUUCUGCGGUACUACAUGUAGGUAGCCAACGUUUAGUUGAUUACUAUAUGCAGUAUUCGUAUAUUUUCGGUAUUAGUGAAGACAGACGUUGUAGGCAUUAGCUACGAAAAAAGGAACUAAACGGACAGCAACUACCUAGCAAAUCAUUCACAAUGAAUGAGAGCGAUGGACUCCGGUUCAGAAGGUUAAACAGACCACAGAUCAUAACAGACGAGUCGCAGGAACCCCAGUACAAGGGCAGCAGCACCUACAGCGGGAAAGUGUUCCGAGUGACACUGCUGACAUUGGCGUCCUUAGUGUUAUUUCCUUUGCUUGGCGUCAUCCUUUUCCUAGAGUCUCCUAUCCAGCCAGACGCUUUCAGCCUUAAUGAACCCCCUCUGAUGUCAGACUGCUUUGAGCCCAACUUCAAGCUGAGGCAGGCGGAGAGAUUGUUCGAAGGCCAGCUUGUCGGGCCCGAGUCCAUCGCCAACAUCGGAGAUGUGCUUUACACAGGCACGGCUGACGGGAAGAUUGUGAAAAUCGAGGGCAAGCACAUUCAUGUCCUGACAACGUUGGGGCAGCCACCCUGUGGCUCCAGAGAGGAUGAGCCGACCUGUGGGAGACCCCUUGGGAUUCGGGUGGGGCCCAAUGGCACACUGUUUGUGGCGGACGCCUAUCUGGGGCUCUUUGAGGUCAACCCAGUCACAGGCGAGGCAAACACCCUGGUGUCGACCGGGCAGGUGGUGGGUGGCCGGCGCCUGGCCUUCGUGAAUGACCUCGACGUGACACAGGACGGCAGGAAGGUGUACUUCACAGACUCCAGCAGCAGGUGGCAGCGCAGGGAUUUCCUCCACCUCAUCAUGGAGGCCACGGCUGACGGACGUGUCCUGGAGUACGACACUGUGACCGGGGAGGUGUCUGUGCUGAUGGACGGCCUGCGCUUUGCCAACGGGAUCCAGCUGUGUCCUGACGAGGAGUCCGUGCUGGUGGCAGAGACCACCAUGGCAAGGAUAAGAAGGGUCCACGUGUCCGGGCUCAAUAAAGGCGGGAUGGACACCUUUGUCGACAACCUGCCCGGUUUCCCUGACAACAUCCGCCGCAGCAGCUCGGGGGGUUACUGGGUUGCCAUGUCAGCCGUGCGGCCCAACCCGGGCUUCUCCAUGCUGGACUUCCUGUCUCAGAAGCCCUGGAUCAAGAAGCUCAUCUUCAAACUCUUCAGCCAGGAGGUGAUGCUGAAGUUCGUGCCCCGGUACAGCCUGGUUCUGGAGCUGCGUGAGAACGGCUCCUGCAAGCGGAGCUUCCACGACCCCCACGGGAUGGUGGCCGCCUACGUCAGCGAGGCCCACGAGCACGACGGACACCUCUACCUGGGCUCCUUCCGCUCUCCCUACCUGUGUAAGCUUGACCUCAGCCAAGUGUGAGCCCCACCUUUUUCCCCGCGCUACGCCCCCUACCCCCAGCACCCAGUGGGAUGUAGGGUGUUGUAUGGUUUCCCGAGGAGGUACCACGCCAAAACCCUUCUUGCCGACCAGCUUCACCGCUAGAUGUGCUGCAUCACUUUAUUUUACAUGAAAAGCAGGAAAGCAGGGCAGCCUUGGUGCUGCUGGUGUUAAUUUGAGCACUUCUCUCAUUCACGUUCAGAACUUCCAUCUUCCAGGCCAGAACUGGGAGAUUAACCCCCAAAUUGGACUUGUCAUAAACUUUACGGUGCGUUUAUGUUCAUCCCCACAGCUUGCAGGUCUUCCCCUGCUGGAUUGCUUUGGGCUGCUCCUUAAUUGAGGUGCCAAAAUUUUCCGUUGUACUUUUUUUUUUUUUUUUUUUUUUUUUUGCUGAGCUAAAACUUUGCAUUUUUAUUUGCACUGUGUAGUUGGAAUGUCUUCCCAAAAUAAUGCUCCCAGUAGUAUUUCUCAAAUAUCUUUUGAGGAAAAACUUCUAAGAACAAGUUAAUUACAGUUGUUGUUUUGUGUGUUUGGUUUGGAAUGAUUCCAUUCGAAACAUGGAGCUGCAAGGAACAUUUUAUCAUAUUUGUUUUACUCGUAAGUAUACUUUCCUUUAGCUGUUGUGUAUAUUUAGAUAUACACAGAGGCCAAGGACUGAAUUAAUUCUGUGGAUAAUUGCCUGCGCCUUUUUCAUUUAACUUGCCGCAUAUGUUUAUGUAUAUACACUGUACUGCUCUUUGAUUCUACUGAAUUUGCCAAAUGAAAUGGACUGCUGAAGGUUUCAGCAUAGCACAAUUUAUGCCUCUAGAUACAAGGAUUGCUUACGUCAGCCAAGCCCAUUGUUAAUAUGAUUCAGAGGUUUAUCUGAGCUUCCUUUCAGUAAACAGACAAUCCAUAGUCACAAAGAUCAGGGUUUUAAAAUGGGGCCGAAGUCCUUAGGCGUAAAAUAGUGACAUGAUUCAGAUUGAUGUCUUCUUAAAAAAAAAAAAAAAA